AUGAAUGAAAUCCUUGAAAAAGGAAUUUCUGAUUUAUACGCUGCUAAGCAAUCCGAUGUAGGUUCCAAAACAACUAAUGAUGAUUACAUUAAAUUUGUUAAUCAAAUACAAAGAGGAUUUAAAAACUUUACGCUUGAUCUUUCUAAGUUACAAGGUGGAUUAACAUUAUUAUCUCGUAUACCAAAAUUCCUUAGAACAUUUAAACAUCUUACAACUUUAAAUUUAUACGGAAAUUUAAUUCAUGAUGAAGGAUUAACAAGAGUAUUUAUUAUAUGUAUGAAUGCUCCCAUUAGACAUUUAGAUGUUGGCGCAAAUGAUCUUUCUGAUGGAUCAAUCCUCGUUAUUUCAGAUAUUAUUUCAAAAUCAAACGUUACAUCACUACAGCUUGGAGUAAAAGAUCAAUCAAAUUCACAAAAUUGGAUAACGCGAGAUGGUUUAUAUACGAUUCUUGAAGUCGUAAAAAGAACAGAUAAAUUAAAUUGUUUUGGAAUUGCUGGUAUAGCCGGUAUCAAACAGAAGAAGACCCAAAAAUUCAAAGACUUUCCAAAAUAUGUUUCGCAAUUGAUACUUUAUUGUAAAAAUUUAAUAACAUUAGAUAUCAGCAACAGUGGCUUUUAUCCAGCCGACCAGUACGAGCUCUGUAAAGGCCUUCGCGAAAAUAAAACACUUAGAAACUUAAAUAUUAGCGGAAAUCAGUUCCAACCAGCAGAAUCAAUUACACAAGCUAUUUGCCAAAACGACGGACUGUAUUCCCUCAAGAUGAGUUCAUGUGGAUUAUCAGAGGCUGCAUGCGAUAUACUUUCAUCAGCAUUUUCUAGCAAAUGGAGAUUAAUUCUUUUGGAUAUCAGUGGAAAUCCGAUUGGAUCAAGAGGAAUUUCAUUCCUUUUGGCAAUUCUUGCAAAGAACCAAUAUCUUAAAGAGCUGAAUAUAUCAAAUACUAAUUGCGAUGACUCUGUUGCUCCAAAAUUAGAAAGUUUGUUAGUUGAAAAUCAAAUUCUUGAAGAAAUUGAUCUUUCAAAGAACAGUUUUGGCAAUUCUGUCGCACAAGUACUAGGAAGAACCCUCUCCGAUAACUCUGUUCUCAAAAAAUUAAAUCUUGCAACAACAAGAAUGAACGAUAACUCAUUAAUUCAAAUUGCACAAGCUUUAACUAGUAACUCAGAACUUAGAAGUAUUAAUUUGGCUGAUAAUUUCUUUACAAAAGGAGUUGAAUACGAUUUUCUUGAAUUAAUUCAAGAUAAUUGGUCACUUCAUUACAUUGAUGUUUCUGCAAACCAGAUCGAUUGCUUUGCUUUAGAAGGACUGAAUAAAAUCUGUUACAGAAAUCGAAAUCUUAAAAAUGAGACAAAAAUCCAUGACCUUAGAAAAGAUUAUAUUAGACUUUCUAUUCAAACAGCUAAAAUUCCAGCAAGACAGACUAAGUUGGACUCGAUUAAAUCAGAAAGUCAACAAAUGAAAGAUGAACUUGAAAAUCUCACAGAAAAGUUGGAAUCUCUGAAGUCAAACUCGAAGUCUCGUCUUCAGGAUCUUGCAAAGGCAAUCGAAGAAGUCGAAAAAAUGUCAGAACAACAAAUUGAAAGUAUUGAAUCAACUGAUAAAGCAGAAGAAGAGCUCGAAGCGAAGCAUAAAAAGGAAUGUGAUAUAUUACAAACAGAUAUCAAUGCUCAAAAAGAAAAAUUUGAAGCAGCAGAUAAAGUUGCAAAUUCCAACGAAGAAAAAAUUGCUAAAAUUAAGCAAGAUAACGAGACUGAGGUUAAUGCUCUUGAAGAAGAAUAUCUGAAGGUUGAAGAGAUGAUUAAUGAGAUAAAAGAAGCUAUGAAUAACAAAGAUGAGUUCCAGUAUUAUGAAAUCCCUGAAUUUCCUUACGAUAAGAAGCCAACGACUUAUUUAGAUAUUCCUGUCCAACCCACACCUCCAGAUCAGAUAAUGUCUGGAAAACCUCCUGAAAAAUCUAACAGAUCAUCCAAAUCAUCAAGGAGAUCACAGAAGUCAGUUAAUAGUCCAAAGAUAAUUAAGCCGGAUAAGGGUUUAAAUAAAUAA